AUGUACUUGGUGGCGGGGGGCAGGGGGCUGGCCGGCUGCGGGCACCUCCUGGUCUCGCUGCUGGGGCUGUUGCUGCUGCUGGCGCGCUCCGGCACCCGGGCGCUGGUCUGCCUGCCCUGCGACGAGUCCAAGUGCGAAGAGCCCAAGAGCUGCCCCGGGAGCAUCGUGCAGGGUUUCUGCGGCUGCUGCUACAUGUGCGCCCGCCAGAGAAACGAGAGCUGCGGCGGCGUCUACGGGCUCCAUGGAGCCUGCGACCGGGGGCUGCGCUGUGUCAUCCGCCCCCCGCUCAAUGGCGACUCCAUCACCGAGUACGAAGUGGGAGUCUGCGAAGAUGAGAACUGGGAUGAUGACCAACUGCUUGGUUUUGAACCUUGCAAUGAAAACCUUGUCUCUGGCUGCAAUCUAAUCAAUGGGAGAUGUGAGUGUGACACCAUUCGAACCUGUAACAAUCCCUUCGAGUUUCCAAGGAAGGAUAUGUGCCUUUCAGCUUUAAAGAGGAUUGAAGAAGAGAAGCCAGAUUGCUCCAAGGCCCGCUGUGAAGUCCAGUUCUCUCCACGUUGUCCUGAAGACUCCGUUCUGAUCGAGGGCUACGCGCCCCCCGGGGAGUGCUGCCCCCUCCCCAGCCGCUGUGUGUGUGACCCCGCGGGCUGCCUGCGGAAAGUCUGCCAGCCAGGAUACCUGAACAUCCUUGUGUCCAAAGCCUCAGGGAAGCCGGGAGAGUGCUGUGACCUCUAUGAGUGCAAACCAGUUUUCAGUGUGGACUGCAGCACCGUGGAGUGCCCCUCCUUUCAGCAAACCGUGUGCCCCCUGGACAGCUACGAGACCCAAGUCAGGCUCACCGCGGAUGGCUGCUGCACUCUUCCAACAAGAUGCGAGUGUCUCUCUGGCUUAUGUGGUUUCCCCGUGUGUGAGGUGGGAUCCACUCCCCGCAUAGUCUCUCGUGGAGAUGGGACACCUGGAAAGUGCUGUGAUGUCUUUGAAUGUGUUAAUGAAACAAAGCCAGCCUGCGUGUUCAACAACGUGGAGUACAGUGAUGGAGACAUGUUUCGAAUGGACAACUGUCGAUUCUGUCGAUGCCAAGGGGGCGUUUCCAUCUGCUUCACUGCCCAGUGUGGUGAGCUGAGCUGUGAGAGGUACUACAUGCCUGAAGGGGAGUGCUGCCCUGUGUGUGAAGAUCCUGUGUAUCCUUUGAACAAUCCUGCUGGCUGCUAUGCCAAUGGCCAGAUCCACGCCCACGGGGACCGGUGGCGGGAAGAUGACUGCACGUUCUGCCAGUGCAUCAAUGGGGAGCCCCACUGCGUGGCGACGGCCUGUGGACAGAGCUGCAUGAACCCCGUCAAAGUGCCUGGGGAGUGCUGCCCCGUAUGCGAAGAACCAACCUACAUCACAAUUGAUCCACCUGCAUGUGGGGAGUUAUCAAACUGUACCCUGACAGAGAAGGACUGCAUUUAUGGUUUCAAACUCGAUCACAAUGGUUGUCGAACUUGUCAGUGCAAAAACAGGGAGGAGCUCUGCAUGGGCCUCAAACGAGGCUGCACCUUGAACUGCCCCUUCGGCUUCCUAACCGACGCCUAUGGCUGUGAGAUCUGUCAGUGCCGCCCACGCCCCAGGAAGUGCAGACCCGUAGUCUGUGAAAAGCAUUGUCCAUUUGGAUAUCUGAAGAAUAAGCACGGCUGUGACAUCUGUCGCUGUAAGAAAUGCCCAGAGCUCCGGUGCAGUAAGCUCUGCUCCCUGGGUUUCCAGAAGGACAGUCAUGGCUGUCUCAUCUGCAAGUGCAGAGAGGUCUCUGCCUCCGCCGGGCCGCCCGUCCUCUCUGGCACAUGUCUGUCCAUGGAUGGCCAUCACCAUAAAAAUGAGGAGAGCUGGCACGAUGGGUGUCGGGAAUGCUACUGUCACAGUGGACGGGAGAUGUGCGCUCUGAUCACCUGCCCCGUGCCUGCCUGUGGCAACCCCACCAUUCACCCGGGACGCUGCUGCCCGUCGUGUUCAGAUGACUUCGAGGUGCAGAAGCCAGAGCUCAGCACGCCCUCCAUCUGCCACGCCCCCGGGGGAGAGUACUUUGUGGAGGGAGAGACGUGGCACAUCGACACGUGCACCCAGUGCACGUGCCAUGGCGGGCGGGUGCUUUGUGAGACGGAGGUGUGCCCGCCGCUGCUCUGCCAGAACCCCGCCCGCACCCAGGACUCCUGCUGCCCACAGUGCCCAGAUGAACCUCUCCAGCCUUCCUCAUCCCACAAUGACAGUGUGCCUAGUUACUGCAAAAACGAUGAAGGGGAUAUAUUCCUGGCAGCUGAGUCCUGGAAACCCGACGUGUGUACCAGCUGUGUGUGCAUGGAUAGCGUCAUUAGCUGUUACUCUGAGUCUUGCCCUUCUGUAUCCUGUGAAAGACCUGUGUUGAGAAAAGGCCAGUGUUGUCCCUACUGCAUAGAGGACACAAUCCCAAAGAAGGUGGUGUGCCACUUCAGCGGGAAGGCCUACGCUGACGAGGAGCGCUGGGACAUCGACAGCUGCACACACUGCUACUGCCUGCAGGGCCAGACCCUCUGUUCCACCGUCAGCUGCCCGCCGCUGCCCUGCGUCGAGCCCAUCAACGUGGAAGGCAGCUGCUGCCCCAUGUGCCCAGAAAUGUAUGUCCCAGAACCAACCAAUGUACCCAUUGAGAAGACAAAUCAUCGAGAGAUUGACAUGGAGGUCCCCCUGUGGCCUACACCUAGUGAAAACGACAUUAUCCACCUCCCCAGAGACAUGGGUCACCCCCAGAUAGAUUACAGAGAUAAUACCAGGCUGAACUCAGAAGAUGCUUCAGUGGAUUCCAUUGCCUCGGUUGUGGUUCCUAUAGUAAUAGGCCUCUCUAUCAUAAUAGCAUUCCUGUUCAUCAAUCAGAAGAAACAGUGGAUACCACUGCUUUGCUGGUAUCGAACACCAACUAAGCCUUCCUCUUUAAAUAAUCAGCUGGUAUCUGUGGACUGCAAGAAAGGAACCCGGGUCCAGGUGGACGGUUCCCAGAGAAUGCUGAGAAUCGCAGAACCAGACGCGCGAUUCAGUGGCUUCUACAGCAUGCAGAAACAGAACCACCUCCAGGCAGACAAUUUCUACCAAACGGUGUGA